AUGGAGCACAAAGAUGAAGAUGAUGAUGAUGUAUCCUUUGCCAAAUGGAUGAGCAGCUUUUGGGGUCACAGCUGGACAGAGGAAGACAAGAGGAAACCUGGGGACCACCACCGAUCACAAGAUGCCCGUUACAGGAAAACCUCCCUGCCUUACCCAUUUCCCGAUCUUCCCAAAAUUAUACCAUCUGACCACUAUCCUAGAAGACAUUCUCAUGAAAUCCAGGAAUUCCGGUGUCAGACCCACAUGAGGAAUUACAGAAAAUGCUCAGAAGAUGGAUCAUUCAAGGAGCCAUUGGAAUCAAAUGGACGAUCCCAUUCAAAAAUUCAAGAAUUUUCAGAGUCCUUUGAACAGCAAUUGUGCUUUAGAACCAAACGCUCUGUCUCUUUGGGGCCUGAGAGCAGAAAGGAGAGAACUGAAAGAGAGUGCCUGAGGAUGGAGAUAAGAGGCUUCAAGAAAGUGGAGGAAAGAAGAAGCUUGAAGAAGGAAGAAAAAGCAGAAGCAUACAUGUCUCCCUUAGUUAAAAAAGGUCCUGAAUUUAUUUCCACAUCACAACUACAGAUGCUACCUAGUUUUUUGGAACCUCCACCAUGCAAUACUGGGAGCUAG